AUGCACCUCCACUCGCCUCCCACCGUCUCCGCAACACCUGGCUUUCCCGAUGCUGCUGCGGCGAGGAGCCGGAUUGAAGAUGCCCUCCAGAUGCUGCAAUUGCUCCGAAUCACGGAAGCAGAACAACAUCAACUUGGUCACGUACUUCUCGGGAUACAGCCGGGCAGCGUUCGUCUCGAUGGUGGAGGUGAUAGGGUUUUGUCGUCGCACACCACUGCCGCCUCUCCAUCUUCGCUCCCUGAUGCUGGCACCGACAAUACUCUGGAGGGAUAUCUGAACAACGAAGCCGACGAGAGCGUCUCCUGCAUCUCCAUCUCAACCACGUCUUCUAGAUCCUCGUCGCCUGUUUUUACGGUCCCAGACCGAGCUGUGCCGGAUUCGGCGCCUGUUUCUCCAUUCCUCUCAGCUGUCCAAGAGAUCACUUAUACCCACCGCCCCAUGUCAUCUCCUUCUGCUAGAUCGGCGUCUCAUGCUGACGCAGAGGCGGUUCACUGGCAGGACAUCCCUCAUACCCCUGCGCCUCGCCGCAUGCGCGAUGAACGUACAAUUCAUCCUGGAUCCAAUACCCCACCUGCUCCUGCGAUUUCUUCGCGCCCUGCUGUUCCGCCGGCUCAACACGUUCCGCUGAGCUACGCGCGAGCUGCGCCGCCGACGUUCCCUCUUGCACCAGUUGAGGGCCCGUCAAUGGCGGGUCAUCACCAAGUCGUCUACCUUGGUGCAACGUUCUGGGUGCCAAAUGUCGGUACAGCAGAACCUUAUCACACUGUGAUCAAAGGGACUCGCGUUGGGAUUUUCUGCGACUGGGGAAGGGCAUCGGAAUAUGUCACUCGCGUUAAGGGUAACAUUCACUUCCGCGUGGAUGACUGGGUCACAGCUGUGGACUCUGUUAAGAGCGCGGUAGAGGAUGGCCGGCUCCAAGUCUUGCACUGA